AUGAAUUUCUCGGGAGGAAGCGGGAAGCGGCAGCAGGAGCCGGAGCACCUGCCGCCGAUGACGCCGCUCCCGCUGGCUUGGCAGGGGUCGGUGUACUCGCUCACGUUCGACGAGUUCCAGAGCUCGCUCGGCGGGGCCGCCAAGGACUUCGGGUCCAUGAACAUGGACGAGCUCCUCCGCAGCAUCUGGUCGGCGGAGGAGAUACACAACGUCGCGGCCGCGGCCGCCAACGCGUCGGCGGCGGCGGACCACGCCGCGCGGGCGUCGUCCAUCCAGCGCCAGGGCUCGCUCACCCUCCCCCGCACGCUCAGCCAGAAGACCGUCGACGAGGUCUGGCGGGACCUCAUGUGCGUCGGCGAAGGACCCUCCGCCGCGCCCGCCGAGGCUGCGGCGCCGCCCACGCCGGCCCAGCGGCAGCCCACGCUCGGGGAGAUCACGCUGGAGGAGUUCCUCGUCCGCGCCGGUGCGGUGAGGGAGGACAUGACGGCGCCGCCGCCUGUACCGCCGGCGCCGGUGUGCCCGCCUCCUCCGCCGCAGCCGCCAAUGCUGUUUCCCCAUGGCAAUGUGUUUGCUCCCUUGGUGCCUCCGCUGCAAUUCGGGAAUGGGUUGGUGUCGGGGGCUGUCGGUCAGCAGCAGGGAGGUGGUCCUGCGGCCCCGACGGUAUCGCCGCGGCCGGUGACGGCCAGCGGGUUCGGGAAGAUGGAAGGAGACGACUUGUUAUCUCUGUCGCCAUCACCGGUUCCGUAUGUUUUCGGUGGUGGUUUGAGGGCAAGGAAGCCACCAGCCAUGGAGAAGGUGGUUGAAAGGAGGCAGCGCCGGAUGAUCAAGAACCGGGAGUCGGCCGCGAGGUCGCGCGAGAGGAAACAGGCAUAUAUGAUGGAGCUGGAAGCUGAGGUGGCAAAACUUAAAGAGCUGAAAGAUGAAUUGCAGAAGAAGCAGGUCGAAAUGUUGGAGAAGCAAAAGAAUGAGCUACUGAUAUCCAGAGAGUUCUGCGUUCAAACUAUCAGUCUAUCAUGCUCAUAUUUGACUAAAGCAAUACCUUGUCCUGGAGAGAAUGAGACGGCAAGUUGGACCCACGGCAAAGAGAAUUUGUCUGCGAAGGACAUUGACAGGUCCGUGGUAAGCUGUAGAUCUGUACGGCUGUACCUAGCAAUAUCACUCGUGAAGGAGUGUACGGAGUAUAUAGUAGGUGAAGAUGAACACACAAUGGCCAGAGUUGCCCUUGUUGAUAUAGCCAUUAAUCCAGAGCUUCAGUCCCGUAGGCGGGUAGAUUGCCUGUGA